CAGCAGCAGCGGGAGUUUCCCCGACAGCUGGAGGUUGCGGCGGCGGCUCCUCCUCCCCGGGUCCCCGCUAGAGCCCAGAGACCCCCCGCGCUCCUCCUGAUUGACAAACGCACAAAGGGCCGCGCCGGGGCCGGGCCGGGACGCGUCUGGAGCCGGCAUGGGAGACAAGAAGAGCCCGACCAGGCCGAAGCGGCAGCCGAAACCCUCCUCGGACGAGGGGUACUGGGACUGCAGCGUCUGCACCUUCCGCAACAGCGCCGAGGCCUUCAAGUGCUUGAUGUGCGACGUGAGGAAGGGCACCUCCACACGGAAACCUCGACCUGUCUCACAGCUGGUUGCACAACAGGUUCCUCAGCAAUUUGUGCCCCCUACACAAUCAAAGAAAGAGAAAAAAGACAAAGUAGAAAAGGAAAAAAGUGAAAAGGAAACAACAAGCAAAAAGAACAGUCAUAAGAAAACCAGGCCAAGGUUGAAAAAUGUGGAUCGAAGUAGUGCUCAGCAUUUGGAAGUUACCGUUGGAGAUCUGACAGUCAUUAUUACAGACUUUAAGGAGAAAACUAAGUCACCACCUGCUUCCAGUGCUGCCUCUGCAGAUCAACACAGUCAGAGUGGUUCUAGCUCUGACAACACAGAGAGAGGAAUGUCCAGGUCAUCCUCACCCAGAGGAGAAGCAUCGUCACUGAAUGGGGAAUCUCAUUAAAGUUUAUUUCCUCCAGUUUCAUUAGUCUCUUCAAAACAUGCAAAUACGUAAGUUCUGUCACCACAUUUUCAUGACAGAUUAGUCAUGCAUAAUUGAUAUGAUGACUGGAACACAAUGCAAUUUAAUAAAAAGAAAGAAACAAAGUGCAGUAAUAGAAACAAUAACAGCAUGAAGCUCAGUCAGGGGAGGUUUAGGUUAGAUACCACAAAAGGUUUCUCACCGAGAGGGUGUCUGGGGACUGGAACAGGCUCCCCAGGGAAGUGGUCACAGCACCAGCCUGACAGAGUUCAAGAAGUAUUUGGACAAUGCUCACAGGUGCAUGGUGUGACUCUUGGGGCUGUUCUGUGCAGGGCCAGAAUUUGGACUCAAUGAUCCUUGUCGGUCCCUUCCAACUCAGCUUAUUUUGUGAUUCUAUAGUAAUUUAAAUGCUAUCUGCAAAUGCUUAAGCAUCUUCAGACCAACUUUUUAAUCUACAUGUGUAAUGGUGCCAUGAAAAUGUGGUUUGAAUGUUCAUUAUGCAGUGUUAUCAGUAUGUCCAUUUUCACUUUUAGUUUAGUGAAUUCUAACACAACUCUUGGAAGCUCUACUAUUGGCAUGUACUGAAUUUAAAUUUUUAUAACAUAGUUCAAGCUGCCUAAAUAUGUAUUAUUUGAGAAUUGUGAAACAUAGUUAUAUGUAUGCAAGUCAAAGAUCAACUUAAUUAUUGCUGCAACAGAAUUUUCAUAAUAAUUAUCUUCUUAAAAACACCUGCUGGUACUUGGUGUGGUUAAAUAGGAAAAAUGUUAUUAAAGAAAACAUUUGUAUGGAUUUUUGCCAAUGUUUGACACAUUUUACUAGAUUACUGUUACUGAAUUAUGUUGAUGGUUUUACCAAUAUUUUUUGACACUUAAAACACUUAUUGCAAUGUUUACAAGCAAAAUAGAAAACACAUUCUAAGCAUUGAUUAGUUAACCUUGCAAUUCAGGUGAAGUACUGCAUUGUCGCUGUACACUGGUAUUUUGUGUUGUGUAACAAAUACUGAACCUCAGAUGGUGAUGCAUUUGGCAAAAACUAUUUGGAAUUAUGAAAGUUUGGAAAAGCUUUAAAAAGAACAGAUCUGCAGUUCUCAUUUCUGCUUAGUGCUGUUUCCUUGCCCCAGAUUUUUCUAGUGUCACAUAGUCACUUCUGUCAGUACAGGAAUAUCAGAUGUUGCACAAGAAUAAGGAAAUAAUAAUUCUUUUUUUUUUUUUUUUUUUGUUCCUGAAUCAAUUUUUUAAUAUUGAAUUGGCCUGUUAGAAUAUAUUAUGUCAUAAAUAAUUUGAAAAAGACUCAGUAUCCUACUUUAUGGCAUAAGCUGUCAACAUUUACGCACUUAGCAAUAUACUGAUAAAGAGCAGAACUAUUUACAAUACCAUCUGGUAUUAUGUAAAAUUACCAAUAAAAUAUUUUUGUGAAUACAGAUUUUGCAUUUUUGUUUACAACCAAUAAGUGUUUUGAUACAUACAUACAAUUCAUGUAUAGAUUUUAAAUUAUAUAAUCUGGUUCAGUACAAAAGUCCAUUUAGCUCCUUUUAGUGAGGUAGGGCACUUACACUCCCGUGAGCCUUUUCUUUUUCAUUCAAAGUAAAUAUAUUUUUAAGCCUAUGUGGAAGUUGGAUGGACCUUCUUGGUAGUGAAUCCAGCCCCAAAUUAUUACCCACAUAUGAUACGUCUUCUUAACGGCUUAAAAUAAUGGAUUUUUGUAGCCCCUGACAAUUGUGAUGUUUGGUGGUUUCUUGUAGUAAUGUAUUUUUCUGUUUUUAAUGCAGUACUUCUACAGGCACAAUGGUACUGUUCUAUUUUGUAAGAUGCUAGUUGUGAAAUACAGUUAGUUGCAUAAAAUGAGAGUCUGAUGUGAUAUCUGAGAACAUACAUACCUCAUUCCUUGGUGUUGCUGUUUAAACUUUUUAGACAUCAAAUGUUAAUUAUAGGCUGUUUCAGAUGGAUAACUACUGACCUGUUUAUUAUGUAUUCUGCUUUAUCUUACUGAAAAUAGGAUGUCUGUUCAUUGCUGUUACCUGGCCAAAUUUAGUAUCUGUAAAACAUGCUUUUUAAGGUUCUUAAAUGUUUUUGGGGCCGGGCUAGUGUUCAGAAUAACUUACACUAGUUUUUAAAAGAAAAAAUACAUGCUUCUCUACUUUAUUUUUUUAUAUUUUAUUUUUAGGUGGGACUAUUUGCAGGAUAUACUGAUGUAAUGGAUUACAAAAGAGCUGAAACUGUUUAAAGUAAGCAGUUUAGGGUUGUAAAUAUCAUUGCAAGUUUUAUGAAAUGUGUUUAUGAAUGUUUAUGAAAUGUGAUUAUGGAAUUUGAAAUUUAAUGAAUUCUAACACAUUUCAGAAUUCCUUGCAAAGAAAUAGUAAUCUAUUACCAGUAUUUCACUAAAUGGGAAAUAUAUUUUUAUUUAAGUUUAUGUGAAUAAACCACCCAGCA